GCUGGAGGAGUCCUCGCCUGUGGGCUUGAUCAUCCUGCUCACCUCGAGCCACGGCCUCAAUCGCUUCCGCCUGCCCAGCUUACAUGGCUCUGCCUUGUCACCGCAUUGCACGGGCACAAGCACUUGCACAUUGCUGAGCAAUCACCUCGCGAAUCGCCUUCAGCGAGGCAAGCAGCACAAGGGCCGUCGCACAAGGGAGGCCCAUCGCCCGGAGGAGAGUGUGGCCGCUGCCAAAGCAGGCCCUGGCCCAGCUCCCAGCGGCUCGAGCUCCUCGGGGACGACCUUCAAGGUCUUGGUGCUCGCGCCACGGCGCUUCAUCCGCCUCUUCGAGGCCCACCCGCCGUAUUUGGCUGGAACUCCGGGAGUUAUCCUGCCAGAUGACAUCCCUGGCACUCCGCUGAGCACUACCACGGCCCCGCUCGCUGGCCAGACCACAUGCAAGGUCAUGCUUAUCCCGGGCCUUGCCGUGCACAUCUGUACCUCCCCGCAGGUGCCACCACCAGCUUUGGCACCGACGCAGGUUGAUGGUCGUGAAGACUCGGACCGCACUGCACGCCCGACGGUCCAGAUCCACUCGGACAGCGACACGGACGAAGAGGAUGUGGUGGUGCUUCUACCGGGUCCAGGCGGGCAAGCAGAACUGCCGGAGGUGAUCCACACGGCCUCCUCCCUGGAGCCUCCGGCUUCCUCGAGCUCUCAGUGUACACUUCCUGCUUCGGGUCCCGAGAAAAGGCGUCAGCUCCUGGCCAAUGUGGUGAUGCGAGCGGCCGAAGAUGGAAGUCUCGCCAAGGCCCUCAGCCGAGUCCGAUGGCCUGAGUCAGAAGACGCACCACCAGGGCACACGGACUCUGAGAGCGACACCGUGGAGGCGCUGGAACCUGGAGAUGGUUUGCCACCCCCGUCGCCGGAGAACAUCCUGCGUGCGGACCCAGCAGCCUCCACUCUCUUGUCGCACACCUUCCAAGGUAUAUCCCCUCCGGAGAACAUGCUGGAGAGUGUCCGAGAGAUGGUGAAGCUCCUGCCUGCCUCGGUGGCCUCACAGGAUCCGCCCAGUACGUGCCAGCCUCUGCCUACGAGGCGAUGGCGACGGCGUCAGCUCUCUCAACUUGAGGCGGAGGCGGAGGCACAUGCCAAGGCAGACCCUCCGACGGUUACCUUAAAGGGCCUCCCAAUUCGAUCCCCUUUUUCUCCGAUCACCCGGACAGACACCAAACGGGUGCGGCCUGAGAAGCGCAGCUCUACGUCCAGUUCCAAUGAUGACAGCUCCUCUGGUCGAUCGGGGUCCUUGGGUGCUGUUCAUGGACAGUGGUCUUUUUGCGUGGCCCUCAGUCUGCAGCGCUGCCUUCUCUUACCAGCAUCCUGCCACGCACAUCAGUGGAGCCCACAGCAGGCCAUGCUUCUGCCACCCAGCCGUUUUAGCCCUCAGCCACACGCUGGUGCCUCUUUCUCUGGGCCAUGGCACCUGUUCGCAAGCGGCCAGCCGGUCGUCCCUCUGGACACCGUGCUCAGAAAUCUCGUACACAGGCUGCUUCCAGGACUUCAGAGCCUGCCUCUCGUGCUGCCUCCAGAGUUACCUCUACGACUCCGGCGAAGCGCCCUGCAAGCUCAACCAACAAGCCCAUCGAAGGAGCUCCAAGGACCCAAACCGGACCGCUCAAAGCUUCCCUCGGACAUACCCACUACGCCGUCCUGGUUUGCAAGUGAUCCUGACGAGGUCCGCGCCUCCGACUCGGACCAGAUCGAUCGAGAAAUGGCGGCUCGAGGCCUUCCACCGCCCCCAGUUCCACCUCUCUGUGAAAACGAUGAGCCGCGUGGUCCGCCGCCUCCACGACCAGUCCGGUAUGAUGAUGCCCCUGGCCCGCUCAGUGAGCCGGAGGGUCCGUGCAUCCCGGAUAGCAGUUCGCUGCUCUCCCUUGUGGCCGCUGCAAACAGCGUGGGCUAUCAGGAUGUAGCCCCCAGCGAUGCACAUGCCACGGGCAUCAAGCGUGCAUACAACCGGGCGGUCAGAAGAGCACAAGCGAGCCCCUUGCAGGGAACCUUCUAUCGUGGGCGGUGGUGCUCCUUUCGAGCGCCCGUCCUCUCGCCGCAGCCUCGACUGGACCGUCGUCCCCAGUUGCAUGCCGCCGCCCCAGCCUCUGCCGCCAGGCUUCUGCAUGUCUCUUACACUGCGGGCGGGCUGACGGGCGAAUCCUACCAGGAGUUGAUGCAGUGGCUAGCCCAGCUGCCUUCAGAGCAGUGCCCUAUGAUAGUGCACAUCCAGGAAACGCAUUGGUCGCACGAUCAGGAAUACAGCACACCCGGCUGGCACAUCAUAUCGUCGGCCUGCUCCUCCCCUAAGGCAGGGGGUCUCCUCACCCUAGUCAGUGAUCAGCUCUGUUCGGCAAGCCAGAUCUCAUCCUCCUCCCGCGUUGCAGGCAGACUGCUCCACGUACGCAUCGAUCUGGGAGACCGCACGGUGGAUGCAAUUAACACAUACCAGAAGGUUUAUCAUUCUGGCAGCACGAGAAUUGAGAAAGGCCAGACUCAAACCGCGGCCGACCAGCGCAUGGGCGUCUGGAUGUCCCUUCGCGGUCUCCUUAAGGAGAUUCCAAUCCGUCACCAUUUAAUUUUAUCUGGAGACUUCAACUCGCCUGCUCCGCUCAUCUCCGAACUGGUGGGAAGUAAGGCCAGGGCAUUCCGCACACCGAUGGUCCCCGACCUGGCUGCCUUUGAGGCACUGCUGGUAGACUUCCAGCUGCUUCACCUCAACAGUUGGACUCGCAGAGCCGGUCCCACCUUUCUUUCCUCUCAGGGAGCAUCUCAGAUCGACCACGUCUUUGUGCGCAAGGCCACCGCCGACAUGCCUGCCCGCGGGGGCAGCCCCUGUGACUGGCCCCUGGCGGCUUGGCGUCAAGGGGGACGACAUCGACCGGUGCGGGUCUCACUUCCCAUUCGACCUUACCGCGCCCUGGGCAAGAGUCAGCCCGAACGCGCCCUCCUUGAUCUCCAAGGCCUGCGCAACGCCUGUCGCGAUCCGAGUCACCCGGGAAUUCGGCACCUUCGCGCCUCUGUUGAGGCCCUCCUCUCCGAUUCUCCUGAGGCCACCGUCGAGGAGGUUAACUCCCAUGUUCUUCAACAGGCGACGGAGGUGUUUCCAGCAGUCCGUAACCAGGGACGCGUCGUCCCCUGGCAAUCCCCCACUGUUGCACUCAGUGUUAAAGGUAUGUGGCAAGCCUAUCACUGCUGGCGGCAUGGACCGACGACAGGACAUCGAAACGUCUUUGCUCUCUGGCGUGCAUACUCCGCCUUCCGUCGUGCACAUAAGCAGUUCCGUCAGAGGACCCGCGAAGCCAAACGGGCCUGGUUUCAUGAUCAAAUUCUCGGCAUGGAGCGAGCAUCUGCUGCCGGGGACGUUAGAGCGCUCUUUCGUCUGGCUGGCGCCCUCAUGCCCAAACAACCACGCCGCAAACUCCAGCUCCGAGGUCCUAACGGUGAGCUAUGGUCCUCUACGCAACAGGUGGACUGCCUCAAAACCUUCUUUCAGGAUCUGUAUGCGCCGGAGGACGAACCGGCCCUGCCACCCCUACCGCCACUUCAGGCUCCCACCAUAUCCUCCUCUGAGGCCCACCGCCGACUCACACGGCUCCCAGUACACAAAGCCACCCCAGCGCAUCAGGCACCCACGGCGGCGAUUGUUGCCUGUGCUGAUCUUCUUGCGCCUUGGCUCAGUGACAAGGUCGAGUCUCUCUCCUCCUUCCCGGCUGUUUGGUCAGACUGUUGGCUGGCCUUAAUGCCCAAGGUCAGUCACCCAGUACUCCCACGACAACUACGCCCUAUCGGGCUCACGGAAAGCACGAGCCGUGUACUGGCCGGACACUUACAAGAUGCUCUCAAGCCCUAUCUUCAGGCCUUUGUUGGCCCAUGGCCCCAGCUUGCAUAUAUGGCAGGACGCAGUACAGGGGAGGCGCUGCAUCGCGUGUUCAGCCACUGUCACGAAGUGUCCGCGGCCAAUCUCAAGCCUGCCUACAAUAUCCACCGUGCCAGAGACAAGCUGGCUCAGGCUGGCACACCCUCAUCCCAUCAAUCUGCCUCCAAGAGGCAACGGACAGGAGGGGUCCAGGCAUCACUGGACCUUUCUCAAGCGUUUGACCGGCUCAGCUGGAGUCUUAUACACGAAGCCUUGCUUGAGGCCCAAGUUCCCAUUGAGCUGAGGGUACAAUUACUUGAGUUCUACAGAGGUCUGGGCUAUCACCUGACCUUUGGUUCUGAGCAGGCCACCGUCCACGCCCUGCGAGGAGUUAAACAGGGCUGUAAAGUGGCUCCACUAUUGUGGAGUCUGGCUACAGGUCUGCUCAUGCGCCGAUUGGCCCGUGCGACUUCUUCGGAGUGGGUCCGUCGCGCACUCACGGCUUUUGCCGAUGACUUUCACAUUGGACAGGUCGUCUACUCCACCCGAGACUUGCUUCUGUCCAUUGACAGGCUUGGACAUGUUUUGCAACUGCUCAUAGAUGCUCGAAUGAAAGUCAAUAUUGACAAAUCCGUGAUUCUCCUCUCUGUCAAUCACUCCUAUGCCAACCGCUGGCGGCGUAGAGAAAUUCUCUCUGACAAGGAGGGCCCACGACUGCGGAUCUCGACACCCACGGCAGGCACCUUCAAGAUGCCAAUAGUGUCUACUCAUAAAUAUCUGGGAGCCAUUAUCUCCUACCAGGAGGACUGUACGCAGCUUACGGUGGCAUAUCGAUUGCGCCAAACAUGGGCGACCUGGACCCGACUCCGACCAGCCCUUACCUCAGCCUCCGCACCUGCUCUCCCCUUGAGACUACGUCUCUGGCAGGCAUGCAUUCCUCCCACCGCUCUCUAUGCGUUAGAUAGCCUUCCGCUGCAACAGCAACACCUGGUACAGAUCCAGAGAGCCUUAACAAAACAGCUGCGUGCUGUAGCCAAGUCCCAGGCACAUCUGACAGGCGAAUCCACAGUCGCUUUACAUCAUCGUCUCCGGGUUCCCUUUGUGUUAGAUGCGCUGCGUCAGGCCUCUCACCGCCGAGCAGCCCGUUGGGCCGCCAUCCCCCCUGAGGAAGCCCAUCUUCUCAACCGCUCGUGGCAAACACGCAUUGAUGAAGCCCUCCAGAAGCUCGACUCCCCCCUCCAGCCGCUAUUGGACGCCCCCACGGCUUCCUCGGUAAGCCCUGCCCUGCAGGACAAACCUUCAACCACAGGAGCCGCGGAAUCGGGCAUGCACGAAGAAGGAUGGUCAUGUCCCCACUGCUCUUAUCAAGCGCCAUCACAUAGACUUCUUCGGGUACAUCUCUCCCGAACCCAUGCAAGUAAGGCCAAAGAUCGGGAGCGUCCAGGCCGCUUCAACCGCGACCAACACUCAGUUAGUGGGAUGCCGACCUGUCGUCUCUGCGGGCACCGCUUCUCUCGUUGGAGUGGCCUUCGCUGCCAUAUAGACAAGGGACACUGCAGAUGCCUGUCCUUCUCAGCCUUGCCAGAGCCUGAGCCCACUACUACUGUGCCUCCGAACACUGCGACCCACCCAUUGCUGCCUCAUACAUCUACUGGCAUUGUCCCUGUGCACACGGAGGCCGGCACCACCUCAGCUACUACGUCUACGCCAGGCCUGGAACCGUCCCUCUUGGAGCAGUGCCUUGCUGCGCACCCUAGCCCGGACCUGGCUCUCUCUUCUGCUCCUUCGGGAGCGCUUGCAGCUGAUGCCACCACUGCGGCUGCAGAGGACACGUCGUCAAUUCGACCUCUGCCUGUCUCGCAGUCGCUGGCUUAUACCCCGGCCUUUCAAACCAGGCGCUGCUCUCGAGGCCAGAUCUCCGGAGCUCACUGA